AGGCGGAGAGCUCGGGUUUCCACCGCCGCAGCCCUGCCUUCCCCGUCUCACCCCACAGCCCACGAGGGGCCAGAGGUGGCCACGCAGCAGCCGCCGUGGGAUCGCCGGGCGGCGCGGGGGGGGAGAGCGGAGCGCAGGCAGCGCCUUGCGACCGCCGUGGGAGCCCACUCGCCGCAGCUCCCGUGCAGCACGGCCCUGAGAGCCGGAGGAUGCGCGUGAGGGAAGGAGGUGCGGAUCUCCAAGCGCAGAUGUGUUACCAGUGACCAAACCCAGAAGCGACGUGAGAGGUAGCUGCAGUCAAGCCAUCAUCAGUCUGAUUCUGCUGAGAUCAGCUGACCCAAUGUCAAAUAAACGGCUCAUGGCCCUUCCAGCAGCAAGACCGGGAGCAGUCUCCGGGUUGGUGCAAGAGUCCCACGGGAUGCAAAGAAAAUGAAGACGGGAGGAACCUGGUUAGGUCUGCUAAUGGGCCAGGGCUUGCUGGCUUCAAGAACCAGACAUUUUUCCAGUGAAUGGAUAAAUAUGAUGGAUUUCACAAAACUCAAGAUUCUUGUUUGCCUUGUAGGGCUUAGCUGUGCCAGCUUCUGGUUUUCUUACAUGAAUUUGACCAAACUCUGUAUAUUCUGUGAAAAAAAACAGAAUUCCUUACUACCUACACAGACUUUUAGGAGAAUCCAAGGAAGCUUCUUGCAGCUCCCAGAUAUAGAUUGCCAUAAGAACCCGCCUUUUCUCGUCCUGCUUGUGGCAUCCUCAUACGAGCACAGCAAUGCCAGGAUGGCCAUCCGGCAAACCUGGGGGAAGGAGAGAAUGGUGGCCAGCAAACGCCUUGUGACAUAUUUCCUCCUGGGAACCACUGUGAAUCUCACACAGCAGGCUGACAUCACUGAUGAAAGCCAAAAAUACAAAGACAUUAUUCAAAAGGACUUUAUAGACACAUACUACAACCUGACUUUGAAGACCAUGAUGGGAGUUGAGUGGAUUCACAAGUUUUGUAACCAGUCCAGCUUUGUGAUGAAAACCGACACAGAUGUGUUUGUCAAUGUUUUUCACCUCACUGAGCUGCUUCUAAGGAAAAAUAGGACCACAGGGUUCUUCACAGGCUUUUUAAAACUGCACGAGUACCCCAUAAGGGAGAGAGGCAGUAAGUGGUACGUGAGCAUAGAAGAAUAUCCAGGAAAGACCUACCCACCGUUUUGUUCAGGGACUGGCUAUGUUUUAUCCACUGAUGUUGCUAGUCAGAUCUAUAAUGUUUCAGAGAGCAUUUUGUUCAUCAAACUGGAGGAUGUAUUCAUAGGACUGUGCCUUGCCAAAUUAAACAUUCAGCUGGAAGAGCUUCAUUCAGAGCAGACAUUUUUUCCAGAAAAGAUUACAUUCUCUGUUUCUCGCUUUAAGAAAAUUGUGAUGUGCCAUAAAGUAAAACCAUCUGAACAGCUGAGCUACUGGAAUCGCUUAGUGACAGAAGAACACAGAGGAGUGCUCUAGCACAUUCCCUGAUUUAAUUAACAAGCUGAAAUGCUCCAAAUUUACAGGGCUGCUCUUGACUCCAGCAAAACUCCCAGUUAAUUCUAGACCCAUCAUGUUAAAGACAAUUUUCAUGGUUAUUUUAAUCUCCAUUUCUGCCUCAGAACACUGUAACCUCUUUCUCUCCUAUUCACUCCCAUAUCUUUCCAUCCCUUCUCUAUAUAAGCAAUUACUAAUUUUUUUUUCUAAGAGAUGCAGGCACACAAAACUGUCCUCUCCAUGGAUCAACUCUCCAAAUCUUGCUGCUACAGGACUGGGAACAUAUCUACAGUGAAAAAAAAAAAAUAAUCAAAGUUCCUUCAUUCAGAGAAAAAAAUUGCACUACCUUCUCUGUCUCCCUUGAUAGAUUACUGCAUUUGCACUCAUCUGUGCAGGCAUUUAAGAAAAGGUGAUUGCUGCUGUCAGGGCAUUCCCCUCCUGGCACAGGGAACCACAGCUCUGCAGUUGUGCCUUUGCAGUGAGCUCUGCGAAGGCAAAACUGCAUAGUGGCACAGAUACUUCCUUCAAUCUACACGUAUUUUUUUUUUCAGAGAUGGAAGAAUUUUCCCAUGCAGCACUCCUGGGAUAACCCUAGGUAUUGCAGACCACCUUGUGAACAUGUAAGACUACACAUGAAAUGCGUAACAUGAAAUGUGCAUUUGUUUCCCUGUACAUGCCACCCAUUUGAAAUGAUCAUAUGGUAGAGAUGGAUCCAUAUCACAGAAUCACAGACUGGUUGAGGUUGGAAAGGUCCUCUGGAGGUCAUCUGCUCAAACAGGGCCACCUAGUGCCAGUUGCCCAAGACCACUUGGGUUUUGAGUAACUCCCAGGAGGAGACCCCACAGCUCUCUCGGCAGCCUGUGCUAGGGCUCCCCACCCACACAGCACAGAAGUGCUGCCUGGUGUUCAGACGGAGGCUCCUGGGCUCCACUUUGUGCCCACUGCCUCUUGUCCUGGCACUGGGCACCACUGAAAAGGGCCUGGCUCUGUCCUCUUUGCACCCUCCCUUCAGGUAUUUAUGGACAUUGAUGAGAUCCCCCUGAGCCUUCCCUUCUCCAGGCUGAACAGCCCCAG